UAUGGGGAUUUUUAUUAUGCUAAUUCGGUUUCCGCGGGGGCGCGGACAUCGACCUUUUGAAGAAAACACAUUGUAGGCGGGCUUUAUGACUUUGUGGCUGUGGUAACGACUGACAACCCCCAGCUGCGUCCGCCGCUGCUGUGACUGUCCUGCCUGGCCGCCCGGUGUCUGCUACGCUGCUCCCCGCUCUGCCCUGCUCCUUCCCUGGAUCCAAAGCCCGCCUCGGCUGCCGAACUCCCAGUGAAUGCACUAGUCAGCAACCAUGACAGGCAUCGCCGCCGCGUCUUUCUUCUCCAACUCCUGCAGGUUCGGGGGUUGUGGGCUCCAGUUCGAGUCUCUGGCCGAGCUCAUCGUCCAUAUUGAGGACAAUCACAUCGACACAGAUCCUCGUGUCCUGGAGAAACAGGAGCAACAACAGCCCACCUACCUGGCCCUGAGCUACAUCAACAGGUUCAUGACGGAUGCGGCGCGUCGGGAGCAGGAGACCUUGAAGAAGCGGGCCACGCCCAAACUUUCCCUGUCAAUCACAGGGGGUGUGUCUCGAAACAGCGUGGCCACGCCUCCACGCCACAGCAACGGCAACCUGACUCCUCCCGUGACUCCACCCAUCACACCCUCCUCCUCCUUCCGUAGCAGCACACCCACAGGCAGUGAGUAUGAUGAUGAGGAGGUGGACUAUGAGGAGUCAGACAGUGAUGAGUCCUGGACCACAGAGAGUGCCAUCAGCUCAGAGUCUAUCCUCAGCUCCAUGUGUAUGAAUGGAGGAGAGGAGAAACCCUUUGCCUGCCCUGUGCCUGGCUGCAAGAAGAGAUACAAGAAUGUGAACGGUAUUAAAUACCAUGCCAAGAAUGGCCACCGGACCCAGAUCCGUGUGCGGAAGCCCUUCAAGUGCCGCUGUGGGAAGAGCUACAAGACGUCCCAGGGCCUGAGACACCACACCAUCAACUUCCACCCGCCCGUCUCCGCUGACAUCAUCCGCAAGAUGCAGGGCUAGAGACGAUCGUCGUGACAACCCCUGAUCACCCCCCACCAUGUAUACCCCCCCAAACAUUACCCUAUUCCUCACCAGCACUACCCACCCAACCCAAACCCCUAUCCCUUCUGGCCUGAUCUUAGGGGCGACAACCCAAACCCCUGUCCCUUCUGGGCUGAUCUUAGGGGUGAUAACCCAAACCCCUAUCCCUUCUGGCCUGAUCUUAGGGGUGACAACCCAAACCCCUAUCCCUUCUGGCCUGAUCUUAGGGGUGACAACCCAAACCCCUAUCCCUUCUGGCCUGAUCUUAGGGGUGACAACCCAAACCCCUAUCCCUUCUGGCCUGAUCUUAGGGGUGACAACCCAAACCCCUAUCCCUUCUGGCCCAACAUAGGGGCGACAACCCAAACCCCUAUCCCUUCUGGCCUGAUCUUAGGGGUGACAACCCAAACCCCUAUCCCUUCUGGCCUGAUCUUAGGGGUGACAACCCCUAUCCCUUCUGGCCUGAUCUUAGGGGUGACAACCCCUAUCCCUUCUGGCCUGAUCUUAGGGGUGACAACCCCUAUCCCUUCUGGCCUGAUCUUAGGGGCGACAACCCAAACCCCUAUCCCUUCUGGCCUGAUCUUAGGGGCGACAACCCAAACCCCUGUCCCUUCUGGGCUGAUCUUAGGGGCGAUAACCCAAACCCCUAUCCCUUCUGGGCUGAUCUUAGGGGCGACAACCCAAACCCCUAUCCCUUCUGGCCUGAUCUUAGGGGUGACAACCCAAACCCCUAUCCCUUCUGGCCCAACAUAGGGGCGACAACCCAAACCCCUAUCCCUUCUGGCCUGAUCUUAGGGGUGACAACCCAAACCCCUAUCCCUUCUGGCCCAACAUAGGGGCGACAACCCAAACCCCUAUCCCUUCUGGCCUGAUCUUAGGGGCGACAACCCAAACCCCUAUCCCUUCUGGCCUGAUCUUAGGGGUGACAACCCAAACCCCUAUCCCUUCUGGCCUGAUCUUAGGGGUGACAACCCAAACCCCUAUCCCUUCUGGCCUGAUCUUAGGGGUGACAACCCAAACCCCUAUCCCUUCUGGCCCAACAUAGGGGCGACAACCCAAACCCCUAUCCCUUCUGGCCUGAUCUUAGGGGUGACAACCCAAACCCCUAUCCCUUCUGGCCUGAUCUUAGGGGUGACAACCCCUAUCCCUUCUGGCCUGAUCUUAGGGGCGACAACCCAAACCCCUAUCCCUUCUGGCCUGAUCUUAGGGGUGACAACCCCUAUCCCUUCUGGCCUGAUCUUAGGGGCGACAACCCAAACCCCUGUCCCUUCUGGGCUGAUCUUAGGGGUGAUAACCCAAACCCCUAUCCCUUCUGGGCUGAUCUUAGGGGCGACAACCCAAACCCCUAUCCCUUCUGGCCUGAUCUUAGGGGCGACAACCCAAACCCCUAUCCCUUCUGGCCUGAUCUUAGGGGCGACAACCCAAACCCCUAUCCCUUCUGGCCUGAUCUUAGGGGUGACAACCCAAACCCCUAUCCCUUCUGGCCUGAUCUUAGGGGCGACAACCCAAACCCCUAUCCCUUCUGGCCUGAUCUUAGGGGUGACAACCCAAACCCCUAUCCCUUCUGGCCCAACAUAGGGGCGACAACCCAAACCCCUAUCCCUUCUGGCCUGAUCUUAGGGGCGACAACCCAAACCCCUAUCCCUUCUGGCCUGAUCUUAGGGGCGACAACCCAAACCCCUAUCCCUUCUGGCCUGAUCUUAGGGGCGACAACCCAAACCCCUGUCCCUUCUGGGCUGAUCUUAGGGGCGACAACACAAACCCCUAUCCCUUCUGGCCUGAUCUUAGGGGUGACAACCCAAACCCCUGUCCCUUCUGGGCUGAUCUUAGGGGCGACAACCCAAACCCCUAUCCCGUCUGGCCCAACAUAGGGGCGACAACCCAAACCCCUAUCCCUUCUGGCCUGAUCUUAGGGGCGACAACCCCUAUCCCUUCUGGCCCAACAUAGGGGUGACAACCCAAACCCCUAUCCCUUCUGGCCCAACAUAGGGGUGACAACCCAAACCCCUAUCCCUUCUGACCCAACAUAGGGGUGACAACCCAAACCCCUGUCCCUUCUGGCCUGAUCUUAGGGGUGACAACCCAAACCCCUAUCCCUUCUGGCCCAACAUAGGGGUGACAACCCAAACCCCUAUCCCUUCUGGCCUGAUCUUAGGGGUGACAACCCCUAUCCCUUCUGGCCUGAUCUUAGGGGUGACAACCCAAACCCCUAUCCCUUCUGGCCUGAUCUUAGGGGCGACAACCCAAACCCCUGUCCCUUCUGGGCUGAUCUUAGGGGCGACAACACAAACCCCUAUCCCUUCUGGCCUGAUCUUAGGGGUGACAACCCAAACCCCUGUCCCUUCUGGGCUGAUCUUAGGGGCGACAACCCAAACCCCUAUCCCGUCUGGCCCAACAUAGGGGCGACAACCCAAACCCCUAUCCCUUCUGGCCUGAUCUUAGGGGCGACAACCCCUAUCCCUUCUGGCCCAACAUAGGGGUGACAACCCAAACCCCUAUCCCUUCUGGCCCAACAUAGGGGUGACAACCCAAACCCCUAUCCCUUCUGACCCAACAUAGGGGUGACAACCCAAACCCCUGUCCCUUCUGGCCUGAUCUUAGGGGUGACAACCCAAACCCCUAUCCCUUCUGGCCCAACAUAGGGGUGACAACCCAAACCCCUAUCCCUUCUGGCCUGAUCUUAGGGGUGACAACCCCUAUCCCUUCUGGCCUGAUCUUAGGGGUGACAACCCAAACCCCUAUCCCUUCUGGCCUGAUCUUAGGGGUGACAACCCCCACCCUUCCUGCCACACACUAAAGGAUCUAGUGCAUGCUUUAAGUUGUUUAGACUUUGUCUUGUAUUAUGUUGUAUUGUUUUGACAUGCUAUCUCUUAUUUUAUGAAUGAUAUGUAUCUUUAUAGGCUUAGUUUUGUUGUUGUACAUUUGCACAUUCUUAUGCUAUCACAACAAUUGUCCUUACUUUUUGUAUUGACAUACGGUGCUAACUGUAAAAAAAAGAAAAAAAGAAGAGGGUAAAUGUGAGAGAGGGAUGAGGGCAAGAGGAGGAAGGAGUUGUGUUUAACAGUCUAUACAUAGAUAUAUAAACAAUAGAUGUGUGUGUAUAUACAAAUAUAUAAGUAUUCAUAACCAUAUACAAAAUAGUUGCUUUAUUUUAUACUUUAUUUUUCAAUAUAUUUUCUUUUGAUAUUUUAUCGAUAAGUGUGUUUCAUUCCUCAACUCCCUGAGACAACCUGUUCUGUGGUGUCAUAGUUCAAAGUUGAAACAGCUAGGUGACCUCAGGUCUAGAUAUUCCCAGCAGCAAAAAACAAACUGACUAUGACUUGAAUCCUAACUUGAGAUCUGUGUCCAAAAUCAAUUUGAGUUUCUCCUAUUGCUAUUUAAUGCACGAUUUGUUACAUGCAGAUUUAAUGUUAUCAUUCGGCCCAUAUAGAGAAACAGGGAAAGUAUUGAAUCCCUUCAUUCCCACUGUUCUAGAACAGUUAUAGGACUGAUCCCCAAUGAUUCCGGAAUGGAUUGUCCAUCCUGUAUUCUAGAAGGUUAUUCCAGACUGUAGUGUGAGCAGACCAGUUGAGGCAUCAUACUGUAUUCUAGAAGGUUAUUCCAGACUAGUGUGAGCAGACCAGUUGAGGCAUCAUACUGUAUUCUAGAAGGUUAUUCCAGACUAGUGUGAGCAGACCAGUUGAGGCAUCAUACUGUAUUCUAGAAGGUUAUUCCAGACUAGUGUGAGCAGACCAGUUGAGGCAUCAUACUGUAUUCUAGAAGGUUAUUCCAGACUAGUGUGAGCAGACCAGUUGAGGCAUCAUACUGUAUUCUAGAAGGUUAUUCCAGACUAGUGUGAGCAGACCAGUUGAGGCAUCAUACUGUAUUCUAGAAGGUUAUUCCAGACUAGUGUGAGCAGACCAGUUGAGGCAUCAUACUGUAUUCUAGAAGGUUAUUCCAGACUAGUGUGAGCAGACCAGUUGAGGCAUCAUACUGUAUUCUAGAAGGUUAUUCCAGACUAGUGUGAGCAGACCAGUUGAGGCAUCAUACUGUAUUCUAGAAGGUUAUUCCAGACUAGUGUGAGCAGACCAGUUGAGGCAUCAUACUGUAUUCUAUUCCAUUUGCCAAGUAUUGUUUCUAAUUUAUUUUCCAUGAUCAUUGCCAACAGCUCUCUACUGCCAAACAUUGACAUUACUAUGUGCCUGAGGGGAGAGAGAGACUGUCAUAAGCUUUCAUCUUAGAGGCGCGCAAAUGUGUCAAGGGAAUACUGUCUCAUUGCGCCUUGUGUGUGUGUGUGUGUGUGUGUGUGUGUGUGUGGAGAGAUUACACCUACAACCUUUGAUUGCCUUGCGUUGUAGACCACAGCAUUCCAGUAGUCAGUGUGAGUUGCUUCUUAGGAGUCUUUCUGCAGUAUCUGAGCUUUUCAGCUUCUAGUGUUAUUCUUCUUUCUCUGUUAGUCCUCUAUAGUGUUACAAUUUAUGGCUGAGGCUCAAAUGUCACAGAACCAUGUGUUACAGUGCCAGGUCACUGGGUGAGUCCCAAAUUGCACCCUAUUCCUAUGGGCCCUGGUCAAAAGUAGUGCACUAUAUAGGCAAUAGAGUGCCAUUUGGGUCGUAGAUGGUGUCAUACCAAGGCCUUGCCCAUUGCUCCUGUAGAGCAGGAGAGUGGUGGACAUGUUGUGAUAUCAUGCUUUCAGAGUACAGCGGAGUGGUGGAAUGUCAGUGGUGCCAUUUUGUCAAAACAUUUCUAACCUGUCAUUCAGUUCUGUGAUGGUCCCCCACCACACACACAACCCCACUUUACAUGGGUGUGGCAAAGUGCCGUUAAGGUCAGGGCCCGUAUUCACAAAGCAUUUCAGAGUAGGAGUGCUGAUCAGAUUUUCCUUUUAAAAUCGUAGGAGGGGGGACCUGAUCCUAGAACAAUACUCCUACUCUGAGACGCAUUGAAUACAGGCCCAGGAUACAAGACAGAAAGAAAAUGGCAGUGGAAGAGGAAGGUAGCAUUGUUGGGGUAGUGUUUUUGUGUGGCGUACAGAACUCAUUCCGGACUCUGUGCCGGGUUUUCCGUACUUGGAAUCCUUGGCUCCGCAGCAGCUUUCUGGCAAGGGAUCAGAGACCCCUCCCCACGGAGACGCAGGUCGCCAUGGUUACGGUUUAACAGGGCGACUAACAGUAUUACAGAGUGGGGAUGGGAGGAUUCCAUUAGUCGUGUGUGUGUGAGGGGGACUAUUUCGAUAUACUGUGUACAGUGAAUGUAUUGUAAUGUGUCUUAAGUGCUUUUAAAUUAUAUUUUCAUAUGUUUCCUAUUUGUGCAGAGGUUAUGAGUAGGGAGACCUGUGUACCAUGUCAAACUGUCUUUAUAUACAAGAAGCUGCUUCAUAAAUGUAAAACGCCAUUACAUAAAAAGAAAAACAUUAAAAAACUCUGGAGCCCA